AUGGAGUCCAGCACGAUGAACAGACAGACCUACCAAGGAGGACUGGAGAGCGGUUCUCUGUAGCCAAACCAGCCGAUCAGAUUCAACGAAAUACAGAUCCGAUGGAGUCCAGCACGAUGAACAGACAGACCUACCAAGGAGGGACUGGAGAGCGGUUCUCUGUAGCCAAGCCAGCCGAUCAGAUUCAACGAAAUACAGAUCCGAUGGAGUCCAGCACGAUGAACAGGCAGACCUACCAAGGAGGAACUGGAGAGCGGUUCUCUGUAGCCAAAGCCAGCCGAUCAGAUUCCACGAAAUACAGAUCCGAUGGAGUCCAGCACGAUGAACAGACAGACCUACCAAGGAGGAACUGGAGAACGGUUCUCUGUAGCUAAAACCAGCCGAUCAGAUUCAACGAAAUACAGAUCCGAUGGAGUCCAGCACGAUGAACAGACAGACCUACCAAGGAGGAACUGGAGAACGGUUCUCUGUAGCCAAACCAGCCGAUCAGAUUCAACGAAAUACAGAUCCGAUGGAGUCCAGCACGAUGAACAGACAGACCUACCAAGGAGGAACUGGAGAACGGUUCUCUGUAGCUAAACCAGCCGAUCAGAUCCAACGAAAUACAGAUCCGAUGGAGUCCAGCACGAUGAACAGACAGACCUACCAAGGAGGAACUGGAGAACGGUUCUCUGUAGCCAAACCAGCCGAUCAGAUUCAACGAAAUACAGAUCCGAUGGAGUCCAGCACGAUGAACAGACAGACCUACCAAGGAGGAACUGGAGAACGGUUCUCUGUAGCCAAACCAGCCGAUCAGAUUCAACGAAAUACAGAUCCGAUGGAGUCCAGCACGAUGAACAGACAGACCUACCAAGGAGGAACUGGAGAACGGUUCUCUGUAGCCAAACCAGCCGAUCAGAUCCAACGAAAUACAGAUCCGAUGGAGUCCAGCACGAUGAACAGACAGACCUACCAAGGAGGAACUGGAGAACGGUUCUCUGUAGCCAAACCAGCCGAUCAGAUCCAACGAAAUACAGAUCCGAUGGAGUCCAGCACGAUGAACAGACAGACCUACCAAGGAGGAACUGGAGAACGGUUCUCUGUAGCCAAACCAGCCGAUCAGAUCCAACGAAAUACAGAUCCGAUGGAGUCCAGCACGAUGAACAGACAGACCUACCAAGGAGGAACUGGAGAACGGUUCUCUGUAGCCAAACCAGCCGAUCAGAUUCAACGAAAUACAGAUCCGAUGGAGUCCAGCACGAUGAACAGACAGACCUACCAAGGAGGGACUGGAGAACGGUUCUCUGUAGCCAAACCAGCCGAUCAGAUUCAACGAAAUACAGAUCCGAUGGAGUCCAGCACGAUGAACAGACAGACCUACCAAGGAGGGACUGGAGAACGGUUCUCUGUAGCCAAGCCAGCCGAUCAGAUUCCACGAAAUACAGAUCCGAUGGAGUCCAGCACGAUGAACAGACAGACCUACCAAGGAGGAACUGGAGAACGGUUCUCUGUAGCCAAACCAGCCGAUCAGAUUCAACGAAAUACAGAUCCGAUGGAGUCCAGCACGAUGAACAGACAGACCUACCAAGGAGGAACUGGAGAGCGGUUCUCUGUAGCCAAACCAGCCGAUCAGAUUCAACGAAAUACAGAUCCGAUGGAGUCCAGCACGAUGAACAGACAGACCUACCAAGGAGGGAACUGGAGAACGGUUCUCUGUAGCCAAACCAGCCGAUCAGAUCCAACGAAAUACAGAUCCGAUGGAGUCCAGCACGAUGAACAGACAGACCUACCAAGGAGGAACUGGAGAACGGUUCUCUGUAGCCAAACCAGCCGAUCAGAUCCAACGAAAUACAGAUCCGAUGGAGUCCAGCACGAUGAACAGACAGACCUACCAAGGAGGGACUGGAGAACGGUUCUCUGUAGCCAAACCAGCCGAUCAGAUCCAACGAAAUACAGAUCCGAUGGAGUCCAGCACGAUGAACAGACAGACCUACCAAGGAGGAACUGGAGAACGGUUCUCUGUAGCCAAACCAGCCGAUCAGAUCCAACGAAAUACAGAUCCGAUGGAGUCCAGCACGAUGAACAGACAGACCUACCAAGGAGGAACUGGAGAGCGGUUCUCUGUAGCCAAACCAGCCGAUCAGAUCCAACGAAAUACAGAUCCGAUGGAGUCCAGCACGAUGAACAGACAGACCUACCAAGGAGGGACUGGAGAACGGUUCUCUGUAGCCAAACCAGCCGAUCAGAUCCAACGAAAUACAGAUCCGAUGGAGUCCAGCACGAUGAACAGACAGACCUACCAAGGAGGGACUGGAGAACGGUUCUCUGUAGCCAAGCCAGCCGAUCAGAUCCAACGAAAUACAGAUCCGAUGGAGUCCAGCACGAUGAACAGACAGACCUACCAAGGAGGGAACUGGAGAACGGUUCUCUGUAGCCAAACCAGCCGAUCAGAUCCAACGAAAUACAGAUCCGAUGGAGUCCAGCACGAUGAACAGACAGACCUACCAAGGAGGGAACUGGAGAACGGUUCUCUGUAGCCAAACCAGCCGAUCAGAUCCAACGAAAUACAGAUCCGAUGGAGUCCAGCACGAUGAACAGACAGACCUACCAAGGAGGAACUGGAGAACGGUUCUCUGUAGCCAAACCAGCCGAUCAGAUCCAACGAAAUACAGAUCCGAUGGAGUCCAGCACGAUGAACAGACAGACCUACCAAGGAGGAACUGGAGAACGGUUCUCUGUAGCCAAACCAGCCGAUCAGAUCCAACGAAAUACAGAUCCGAUGGAGUCCAGCACGAUGAACAGACAGACCUACCAAGGAGGAACUGGAGAACGGUUCUCUGUAGCCAAACCAGCCGAUCAGAUCCAACGAAAUACAGAUCCGAUGGAGUCCAGCACGAUGAACAGACAGACCUACCAAGGAGGAACUGGAGAACGGUUCUCUGUAGCCAAACCAGCCGAUCAGAUCCAACGAAAUACAGAUCCGAUGGAGUCCAGCACGAUGAACAGACAGACCUACCAAGGAGGGACUGGAGAACGGUUCUCUGUAGCCAAACCAGCCGAUCAGAUCCAACGAAAUACAGAUCCGAUGGAGUCCAGCACGAUGAACAGACAGACCUACCAAGGAGGGAACUGGAGAACGGUUCUCUGUAGCCAAACCAGCCGAUCAGAUCCAACGAAAUACAGAUCCGAUGGAGUCCAGCACGAUGAACAGACAGACCUACCAAGGAGGAACUGGAGAGCGGUUCUCUGUAGCCAAACCAGCCGAUCAGAUCCAACGAAAUACAGAUCCGAUGGAGUCCAGCACGAUGAACAGACAGACCUACCAAGGAGGAACUGGAGAACGGUUCUCUGUAGCCAAACCAGCCGAUCAGAUCCAACGAAAUACAGAUCCGAUGGAGUCCAGCACGAUGAACAGACAGACCUACCAAGGAGGGACUGGAGAACGGUUCUCUGUAGCCAAAGCCAGCCGAUCAGAUCCAACGAAAUACAGAUCCGAUGGAGUCCAGCACGAUGAACAGACAGACCUACCAAGGAGGGAACUGGAGAACGGUUCUCUGUAGCCAAAGCCAGCCGAUCAGAUCCAACGAAAUACAGAUCCGAUGGAGUCCAGCACGAUGAACAGACAGACCUACCAAGGAGGAACUGGAGAGCGGUUCUCUGUAGCCAAACCAGCCGAUCAGAUCCAACGAAAUACAGAUCCGAUGGAGUCCAGCACGAUGAACAGACAGACCUACCAAGGAGGGAACUGGAGAGCGGUUCUCUGUAGCCAAACCAGCCGAUCAGAUCCAACGAAAUACAGAUCCGAUGGAGUCCAGCACGAUGAACAGACAGACCUACCAAGGAGGGAACUGGAGAACGGUUCUCUGUAGCCAAACCAGCCGAUCAGAUCCAACGAAAUACAGAUCCGAUGGAGUCCAGCACGAUGAACAGACAGACCUACCAAGGAGGAACUGGAGAACGGUUCUCUGUAGCCAAACCAGCCGAUCAGAUCCAACGAAAUACAGAUCCGAUGGAGUCCAGCACGAUGAACAGACAGACCUACCAAGGAGGGAACUGGAGAACGGUUCUCUGUAGCCAAACCAGCCGAUCAGAUCCAACGAAAUACAGAUCCGAUGGAGUCCAGCACGAUGAACAGACAGACCUACCAAGGAGGAACUGGAGAACGGUUCUCUGUAGCCAAACCAGCCGAUCAGAUCCAACGAAAUACAGAUCCGAUGGAGUCCAGCACGAUGAACAGACAGACCUACCAAGGAGGAACUGGAGAACGGUUCUCUGUAGCCAAACCAGCCGAUCAGAUCCAACGAAAUACAGAUCCGAUGGAGUCCAGCACGAUGAACAGACAGACCUACCAAGGAGGAACUGGAGAACGGUUCUCUGUAGCCAAACCAGCCGAUCAGAUCCAACGAAAUACAGAUCCGAUGGAGUCCAGCACGAUGAACAGACAGACCUACCAAGGAGGAACUGGAGAACGGUUCUCUGUAGCCAAACCAGCCGAUCAGAUCCAACGAAAUACAGAUCCGAUGGAGUCCAGCACGAUGAACAGACAGACCUACCAAGGAGGGACUGGAGAACGGUUCUCUGUAGCCAAACCAGCCGAUCAGAUCCAACGAAAUACAGAUCCGAUGGAGUCCAGCACGAUGAACAGACAGACCUACCAAGGAGGGAACUGGAGAACGGUUCUCUGUAGCCAAAGCCAGCCGAUCAGAUCCAACGAAAUACAGAUCCGAUGGAGUCCAGCACGAUGAACAGACAGACCUACCAAGGAGGAACUGGAGAACGGUUCUCUGUAGCCAAACCAGCCGAUCAGAUUCAACGAAAUACAGAUCCGAUGGAGUCCAGCACGAUGAACAGACAGACCUACCAAGGAGGAACUGGAGAGCGGUUCUCUGUAGCCAAACCAGCCGAUCAGAUCCAACGAAAUACAGAUCCGAUGGAGUCCAGCACGAUGAACAGACAGACCUACCAAGGAGGAACUGGAGAGCGGUUCUCUGUAGCCAAGCCAGCCGAUCAGAUCCAACGAAAUACAGAUCCGAUGGAGUCCAGCACGAUGAACAGACAGACCUACCAAGGAGGAACUGGAGAACGGUUCUCUGUAGCCAAGCCAGCCGAUCAGAUCCAACGAAAUACAGAUCCGAUGGAGUCCAGCACGAUGAACAGACAGACCUACCAAGGAGGAACUGGAGAGCGGUUCUCUGUAGCCAAAGCCAGCCGAUCAGAUUCAACGAAAUACAGAUCCGAUGGAGUCCAGCACGAUGAACAGACAGACCUACCAAGGAGGGAACUGGAGAGCGGUUCUCUGUAGCCAAACCAGCCGAUCAGAUCCAACGAAAUACAGAUCCGAUGGAGUCCAGCACGAUGAACAGACAGACCUACCAAGGAGGAACUGGAGAACGGUUCUCUGUAGCCAAACCAGCCGAUCAGAUCCAACGAAAUACAGAUCCGAUGGAGUCCAGCACGAUGAACAGACAGACCUACCAAGGAGGGAACUGGAGAGCGGUUCUCUGUAGCCAAAGCCAGCCGAUCAGAUCCAACGAAAUACAGAUCCGAUGGAGUCCAGCACGAUGAACAGACAGACCUACCAAGGAGGGAACUGGAGAGCGGUUCUCUGUAGCCAAGCCAGCCGAUCAGAUCCAACGAAAUACAGAUCCGAUGGAGUCCAGCACGAUGAACAGACAGACCUACCAAGGAGGAACUGGAGAACGGUUCUCUGUAGCCAAACCAGCCGAUCAGAUUCAACGAAAUACAGAUCCGAUGGAGUCCAGCACGAUGAACAGACAGACCUACCAAGGAGGAACUGGAGAGCGGUUCUCUGUAGCCAAAGCCAGCCGAUCAGAUUCAACGAAAUACAGAUCCGAUGGAGUCCAGCACGAUGAACAGACAGACCUACCAAGGAGGGACUGGAGAACGGUUCUCUGUAGCCAAGCCAGCCGAUCAGAUCCAACGAAAUACAGAUCCGAUGGAGUCCAGCACGAUGAACAGACAGACCUACCAAGGAGGAACUGGAGAGCGGUUCUCUGUAGCCAAGCCAGCCGAUCAGAUUCAACGAAAUACAGAUCCGAUGGAGUCCAGCACGAUGAACAGACAGACCUACCAAGGAGGAACUGGAGAGCGGUUCUCUGUAGCCAAGCCAGCCGAUCAGAUCCAACGAAAUACAGAUCCGAUGGAGUCCAGCACGAUGAACAGACAGACCUACCAAGGAGGAACUGGAGAGCGGUUCUCUGUAGCCAAAGCCAGCCGAUCAGAUUCAACGAAAUACAGAUCCGAUGGAGUCCAGCACGAUGAACAGACAGACCUACCAAGGAGGAACUGGAGAGCGGUUCUCUGUAGCCAAGCCAGCCGAUCAGAUUCAACGAAAUACAGAUCCGAUGGAGUCCAGCACGAUGAACAGACAGACCUACCAAGGAGGGACUGGAGAACGGUUCUCUGUAGCCAAAGCCAGCCGAUCAGAUCCAACGAAAUACAGAUCCGAUGGAGUCCAGCACGAUGAACAGACAGACCUACCAAGGAGGAACUGGAGAGCGGUUCUCUGUAGCCAAGCCAGCCGAUCAGAUUCAACGAAAUACAGAUCCGAUGGAGUCCAGCACGAUGAACAGACAGACCUACCAAGGAGGAACUGGAGAGCGGUUCUCUGUAGCCAAGCCAGCCGAUCAGAUUCAACGAAAUACAGAUCCGAUGGAGUCCAGCACGAUGAACAGACAGACCUACCAAGGAGGGACUGGAGAACGGUUCUCUGUAGCCAAGCCAGCCGAUCAGAUCCAACGAAAUACAGAUCCGAUGGAGUCCAGCACGAUGAACAGACAGACCUACCAAGGAGGAACUGGAGAGCGGUUCUCUGUAGCCAAAGCCAGCCGAUCAGAUUCAACGAAAUACAGAUCCGAUGGAGUCCAGCACGAUGAACAGACAGACCUACCAAGGAGGAACUGGAGAGCGGUUCUCUGUAGCCAAACCAGCCGAUCAGAUCCAACGAAAUACAGAUCCGAUGGAGUCCAGCACGAUGAACAGACAGACCUACCAAGGAGGAACUGGAGAGCGGUUCUCUGUAGCCAAGCCAGCCGAUCAGAUUCAACGAAAUACAGAUCCGAUGGAGUCCAGCACGAUGAACAGACAGACCUACCAAGGAGGAACUGGAGAGCGGUUCUCUGUAGCCAAGCCAGCCGAUCAGAUUCAACGAAAUACAGAUCCGAUGGAGUCCAGCACGAUGAACAGACAGACCUACCAAGGAGGGACUGGAGAGCGGUUCUCUGUAGCCAAGCCAGCCGAUCAGAUCCAACGAAAUACAGAUCCGAUGGAGUCCAGCACGAUGAACAGACAGACCUACCAAGGAGGAACUGGAGAGCGGUUCUCUGUAGCCAAAGCCAGCCGAUCAGAUUCAACGAAAUACAGAUCCGAUGGAGUCCAGCACGAUGAACAGACAGACCUACCAAGGAGGGACUGGAGAACGGUUCUCUGUAGCCAAACCAGCCGAUCAGAUUCAACGAAAUACAGAUCCGAUGGAGUCCAGCACGAUGAACAGACAGACCUACCAAGGAGGAACUGGAGAGCGGUUCUCUGUAGCCAAAGCCAGCCGAUCAGAUUCAACGAAAUACAGAUCCGAUGGAGUCCAGCACGAUGAACAGACAGACCUACCAAGGAGGGAACUGGAGAGCGGUUCUCUGUAGCCAAACCAGCCGAUCAGAUUCAACGAAAUACAGAUCCGAUGGAGUCCAGCACGAUGAACAGACAGACCUACCAAGGAGGAACUGGAGAGCGGUUCUCUGUAGCCAAAGCCAGCCGAUCAGAUUCAACGAAAUACAGAUCCGAUGGAGUCCAGCACGAUGAACAGACAGACCUACCAAGGAGGAACUGGAGAGCGGUUCUCUGUAGCCAAAGCCAGCCGAUCAGAUUCAACGAAAUACAGAUCCGAUGGAGUCCAGCACGAUGAACAGACAGACCUACCAAGGAGGGACUGGAGAGCGGUUCUCUGUAGCCAAACCAGCCGAUCAGAUUCAACGAAAUACAGAUCCGAUGGAGUCCAGCACGAUGAACAGACAGACCUACCAAGGAGGGACUGGAGAGCGGUUCUCUGUAGCCAAACCAGCCGAUCAGAUUCAACGAAAUACAGAUCCGAUGGAGUCCAGCACGAUGAACAGACAGACCUACCAAGGAGGGACUGGAGAGCGGUUCUCUGUAGCCAAAGCCAGCCGAUCAGAUUCAACGAAAUACAGAUCCGAUGGAGUCCAGCACGAUGAACAGACAGACCUACCAAGGAGGAACUGGAGAGCGGUUCUCUGUAGCCAAAGCCAGCCGAUCAGAUUCAACGAAAUACAGAUCCGAUGGAGUCCAGCACGAUGAACAGACAGACCUACCAAGGAGGGACUGGAGAACGGUUCUCUGUAGCCAAACCAGCCGAUCAGAUCCAACGAAAUACAGAUCCGAUGGAGUCCAGCACGAUGAACAGACAGACCUACCAAGGAGGGACUGGAGAACGGUUCUCUGUAGCCAAACCAGCCGAUCAGAUUCAACGAAAUACAGAUCCGAUGGAGUCCAGCACGAUGAACAGACAGACCUACCAAGGAGGGACUGGAGAGCGGUUCUCUGUAGCCAAAGCCAGCCGAUCAGAUUCAACGAAAUACAGAUCCGAUGGAGUCCAGCACGAUGAACAGACAGACCUACCAAGGAGGAACUGGAGAACGGUUCUCUGUAGCCAAACCAGCCGAUCAGAUUCAACGAAAUACAGAUCCGAUGGAGUCCAGCACGAUGAACAGACAGACCUACCAAGGAGGGACUGGAGAGCGGUUCUCUGUAGCCAAACCAGCCGAUCAGAUCCAACGAAAUACAGAUCCGAUGGAGUCCAGCACGAUGAACAGACAGACCUACCAAGGAGGGACUGGAGAACGGUUCUCUGUAGCCAAACCAGCCGAUCAGAUUCAACGAAAUACAGAUCCGAUGGAGUCCAGCACGAUGAACAGACAGACCUACCAAGGAGGGACUGGAGAGCGGUUCUCUGUAGCCAAAGCCAGCCGAUCAGAUUCAACGAAAUACAGAUCCGAUGGAGUCCAGCACGAUGAACAGACAGACCUACCAAGGAGGGAACUGGAGAGCGGUUCUCUGUAGCCAAACCAGCCGAUCAGAUUCAACGAAAUACAGAUCCGAUGGAGUCCAGCACGAUGAACAGACAGACCUACCAAGGAGGAACUGGAGAACGGUUCUCUGUAGCCAAACCAGCCGAUCAGAUUCAACGAAAUACAGAUCCGAUGGAGUCCAGCACGAUGAACAGACAGACCUACCAAGGAGGGACUGGAGAACGGUUCUCUGUAGCCAAACCAGCCGAUCAGAUCCAACGAAAUACAGAUCCGAUGGAGUCCAGCACGAUGAACAGACAGACCUACCAAGGAGGGAACUGGAGAACGGUUCUCUGUAGCCAAAGCCAGCCGAUCAGAUUCAACGAAAUACAGAUCCGAUGGAGUCCAGCACGAUGAACAGACAGACCUACCAAGGAGGGACUGGAGAACGGUUCUCUGUAGCCAAACCAGCCGAUCAGAUCCAACGAAAUACAGAUCCGAUGGAGUCCAGCACGAUGAACAGACAGACCUACCAAGGAGGGAACUGGAGAACGGUUCUCUGUAGCCAAGCCAGCCGAUCAGAUUCAACGAAAUACAGAUCCGAUGGAGUCCAGCACGAUGAACAGACAGACCUACCAAGGAGGGACUGGAGAACGGUUCUCUGUAGCCAAACCAGCCGAUCAGAUCCAACGAAAUACAGAUCCGAUGGAGUCCAGCACGAUGAACAGACAGACCUACCAAGGAGGAACUGGAGAACGGUUCUCUGUAGCCAAAGCCAGCCGAUCAGAUUCAACGAAAUACAGAUCCGAUGGAGUCCAGCACGAUGAACAGACAGACCUACCAAGGAGGAACUGGAGAGCGGUUCUCUGUAGCCAAAGCCAGCCGAUCAGAUCCAACGAAAUACAGAUCCGAUGGAGUCCAGCACGAUGAACAGACAGACCUACCAAGGAGGGACUGGAGAACGGUUCUCUGUAGCCAAACCAGCCGAUCAGAUCCAACGAAAUACAGAUCCGAUGGAGUCCAGCACGAUGAACAGACAGACCUACCAAGGAGGGACUGGAGAACGGUUCUCUGUAGCCAAGCCAGCCGAUCAGAUUCAACGAAAUACAGAUCCGAUGGAGUCCAGCACGAUGAACAGACAGACCUACCAAGGAGGGACUGGAGAACGGUUCUCUGUAGCCAAGCCAGCCGAUCAGAUCCAACGAAAUACAGAUCCGAUGGAGUCCAGCACGAUGAACAGACAGACCUACCAAGGAGGGACUGGAGAACGGUUCUCUGUAGCCAAACCAGCCGAUCAGAUCCAACGAAAUACAGAUCCGAUGGAGUCCAGCACGAUGAACAGACAGACCUACCAAGGAGGAACUGGAGAACGGUUCUCUGUAGCCAAAGCCAGCCGAUCAGAUUCAACGAAAUACAGAUCCGAUGGAGUCCAGCACGAUGAACAGACAGACCUACCAAGGAGGAACUGGAGAACGGUUCUCUGUAGCCAAAGCCAGCCGAUCAGAUCCAACGAAAUACAGAUCCGAUGGAGUCCAGCACGAUGAACAGACAGACCUACCAAGGAGGAACUGGAGAGCGGUUCUCUGUAGCCAAACCAGCCGAUCAGAUCCAACGAAAUACAGAUCCGAUGGAGUCCAGCACGAUGAACAGACAGACCUACCAAGGAGGGACUGGAGAACGGUUCUCUGUAGCCAAACCAGCCGAUCAGAUCCAACGAAAUACAGAUCCGAUGGAGUCCAGCACGAUGAACAGACAGACCUACCAAGGAGGGACUGGAGAACGGUUCUCUGUAGCCAAAGCCAGCCGAUCAGAUUCAACGAAAUACAGAUCCGAUGGAGUCCAGCACGAUGAACAGACAGACCUACCAAGGAGGGACUGGAGAACGGUUCUCUGUAGCCAAACCAGCCGAUCAGAUCCAACGAAAUACAGAUCCGAUGGAGUCCAGCACGAUGAACAGACAGACCUACCAAGGAGGGACUGGAGAACGGUUCUCUGUAGCCAAACCAGCCGAUCAGAUCCAACGAAAUACAGAUCCGAUGGAGUCCAGCACGAUGAACAGACAGACCUACCAAGGAGGGACUGGAGAACGGUUCUCUGUAGCCAAACCAGCCGAUCAGAUCCAACGAAAUACAGAUCCGAUGGAGUCCAGCACGAUGAACAGACAGACCUACCAAGGAGGGACUGGAGAACGGUUCUCUGUAGCCAAAGCCAGCCGAUCAGAUUCAACGAAAUACAGAUCCGAUGGAGUCCAGCACGAUGAACAGACAGACCUACCAAGGAGGGACUGGAGAACGGUUCUCUGUAGCCAAACCAGCCGAUCAGAUCCAACGAAAUACAGAUCCGAUGGAGUCCAGCACGAUGAACAGACAGACCUACCAAGGAGGAACUGGAGAACGGUUCUCUGUAGCCAAACCAGCCGAUCAGAUUCAACGAAAUACAGAUCCGAUGGAGUCCAGCACGAUGAACAGACAGACCUACCAAGGAGGGACUGGAGAACGGUUCUCUGUAGCCAAACCAGCCGAUCAGAUCCAACGAAAUACAGAUCCGAUGGAGUCCAGCACGAUGAACAGACAGACCUACCAAGGAGGGACUGGAGAACGGUUCUCUGUAGCCAAAGCCAGCCGAUCAGAUCCAACGAAAUACAGAUCCGAUGGAGUCCAGCACGAUGAACAGACAGACCUACCAAGGAGGGACUGGAGAACGGUUCUCUGUAGCCAAACCAGCCGAUCAGAUCCAACGAAAUACAGAUCCGAUGGAGUCCAGCACGAUGAACAGACAGACCUACCAAGGAGGGAACUGGAGAACGGUUCUCUGUAGCCAAGCCGAAGGACAACAUACCCAUAGGAUUAAGGUGAUGGUUUGGUUCGGAAAUUCUCAUAACUGUUUAUAUUUUUGUUUUCAGUUACCACGAAAAAGGCGAACCUCCUUCGAUUUUCAUGUCUUCUUUUUUCGCUCCGGUCGAUUUCGUCACAACUCCACUCCGCCAAUCUUCCGCGGGUCGAGUUGAUUCGUCGAAACCGCGCGUGAUGCCUUUCUAUUUAGGUUGA